AUGGCGGAGGCGCCCGACACCGCCGCCCCCACCCCGCCGCCGCCAGCGCCAGCUUCGGCGCCGGCGACUUCGUCUCCGCCUCCCAAGUCGGGGAUCCCGCCGUGGUACGACCUGGACGCCAAGUGCGACGCGUGCCUCGACCUCUCCAUCCGCCGCGUCGCCUACUUCUCCUGCGGCGUCGGCGGAUCUUCCCGAUCCGGUGCUAUGGCUGCAUCGAUCCGGCGCGGGUUGACUGCAGGAGACGCGACGACUUCUCCAGUCAGCGGGUCCCCUUUACCCAAGGUCGACGGGGUGACUUCAAGUGAUGGACAGUCUCGAUCUCUUGUUCGGAUUGACGUUUCCCAGGAGCAGCUUAAGGCUCAAGCAGAUCUUGCUUCUCAGGCCAUGGAUCAGUGUGCCACUGAUCUUGUCGUUGUGUGGGAUGAGGAUAUUCCGUCCGAGAUCCACAUGAACAAUGACCUGUUGCAGCAACUAGUUCAAGAGAUGGAUGACCAAGUGAUAUGCAAACAAGUCAUCUUCAAGGCACCGGUGCUGUCCAAGGGUGCUGUCCAUGAAGUAUUCGACGGAAUGUACCUUAGGAAGGAGACCUCAGUACAGCAGAAGCAAGUAGUUUCUAGGACAUCAGUUGUCCUUGACGAGGAUGCCUCCCAGGUGUUCGAGCAAAUGCCCCUUUUGGAUGACACGGCAACACAAGCUGAGGAAAUCAUGUUCUGGGCUGCUGGGGCAUCUAGAGGAGCUACACAGGAUGCCUCUAACGACAUGUUUUCCAAGGAUGUGGUAUGGGAUGAGGAGCUCUUGCAUGGACAUGGCCUAGACUUGCAUGCUGAUCUAUUGCAGCCAGUAGCAGAGUUUGGUGAGAAAAGCAUUUUGGUUGCUGAGCCGGCUAAUGAUGAUAUGUUCUCAAAUCAACACCCACAGUCUCUUCAACUAGGCAGGGAUGCUGUGUACGAGGUGUUUAUUGAAACCUCUCUAGAGGAGAAGGUGGCAGUAAAAGUAAAACAGAGAGAUAAUGUGGUACAAGUUCUUUUUGAUGAAAUGCCUUGUACGGCCCAUGAGCAGCAACAGCUUGAGAUAUACAGGAUCUUUGUGAGACAAUGGGAUCUAGGUAUCCUUAAAUGGCUCAGGAAUCUUUUUGAGCUGCAGUCAUGGAAUGGAGAGGAUAUGAAUGAACAGGGCAUGGUUCCUGUAAAUGACAUUUUCAAUGUAUUGCCUGCUGGCCACGAGUUGAAUUUUGGCACUGUGACCUUGGUCAUUUAUGAAGGAUGGCACGUAGCCAUGGGUCCGCACGAAUUAGAAACAAUACAGUCAUGGAGAAUUAAUGGUUUUAGUCCAGGAAGCUGUGAGCUCAACAGACAAUCUAUACUUGUUGCUACUAACUUGCAGUUCGCUUAUACAGCUUUCAAGUUUGUCUCCUUCACUGAUACUUAUCAGAUGGAUUUUCGAUACAAGAACACAUGCAUUUAUAUUGGAGAAUGGGACCGUGGUAUUUGGAGAUAUGCUUGUUGGCUAACUGAAGAUAUGCUACCUGAGUUCUCACAUGCCAAUGUGUCCACACUUGCUAGUGAGGAGACAGAAAGCAUGCUUUUCCAUGCUAGUGGUUUUAAUCCAAGAGAGAGUGCAGCUUGUCCAAUGGUCAUGGCUACAAUGAAGUGGUGGCAUAAACAUUUCAUUCCAUGA